GCUUAACUUCAAAGUAAAUCACAUUUCCUUAAGUUGUUUGUGUAUCUUCUUCUUCAGACACACAGUUAAACUCAAUUUAGUUCAAUCAAACUCUAUCCACUCUUUCAGAAGCUUCUUUGACCAGUACCACAUGAUCAUGGACAUGUCGAGAAACAAAUCUAGAGAAGUUCCAAAAGAUUUGAUUCCCGGUUUACCGUCCGAUUUAGCAACGGAGUGUUUGAUCAGAGUCCCGCACCAGUUUCAACCCGACAUGAAGUCCGUUUGCCGUUCUUGGAGAAGCUUACUCUCCGACUCUUCGUUCAUCAAAGAGCGGAGGAGAUGCGGCAAAGCAGAGCUUCUCCUCUGCCUCGUCCAACCGCUUUCACCGCCAAAACCAGCGUCUAAAGCGGUUGGAGACACAGAUACACAGCUAGUAAUGAACGAGAAGAUCGAGAAGCGCGUUUCCAUCACGCCACGUUUUUGUUUGAGCGUCUACAACGCUACAACAGCCACGUGGAACCGCGUCGCGUUUCCUCAGCUACAGAUCCCUCUUUUCUGCGAGUGCGUCGCGGUUCAAGACGCGGGGAAGAUUCUACUCAUCGGCGGGUGGGAUCCGGAGACGUUACAGCCGGUGAAAGACGUUUACGUUCUUGACGUAAGCUCAAGGAGAUGGAGACGAGGAGCGUCGAUGAAGGAGUCACGCUCCUUCUUCUCAUGCGCUACCGUCGGUUCAACGCAAGUGUACGUCGCGGGAGGUCACGACGAGCAAAAGAACGCGUUACCAUCAGCAGAGGUGUAUGACGUGGAGAAAGACGAGUGGUCAACGCUUCCAUCGAUGGAUGAAGGAAGAGACGAAUGUCAAGGCUUCUCAAUGGGGACGGGGCUAGGAUUCUGCGUUUUGAGCGGUUACGCAACGGAGUCUCAAGGGAGGUUCAAACAGGACGGAGAAGUUUAUAAUACGAUUACAAAGUCAUGGUCAAGGAUAGAAAACGUGUGGCCGUUUCCGGAUACUAGUCCUAGAGGCCGAACCGUUGUAGACACUAGAGGCUCCUCUAGGUUAUUUUGUUUUACAGACCGUGAGUUACAGAGCGAACGUCAAUGGGAAAGUAGAGACGGUUCGAGAAAAUGGAAACUGGAUGUUGAAGUAAUGCAGCUUCCAACGAGUGGAAGUUCAAUUUAUGUCGGAGGCUCUGGAGGUGAACCGGUUGUAAUGAUUGGCGGUGAAGGAGUGAUGAUGAAGAGAAAGACUGAGAAGAAUGUCGGGAAGUGGAGUCAUGUCCAUGACAUACCUUUUGGUUUUUCAACACUUCCAUUCUCACAUAGUUCAAUCUAUGUCUGAAAAUCUGAUAUAUAGAUUAGCGGCAUAAUUUUGUCUCAUCAUAUGAAAAACUUGGAAGAUCAUUUCAAGAGUAUUUUAAUGUAGUAACAUAUACUACUAGAGCUAGCUUCACAUCAAAGGUUAUUUUACCUUUUUGGAUCAUAUGGAGAAUAUAGAAACCUGGUUGCAAUCUCAUUUUUAAGACACAAUGAUGAUGUAUCCC